AUGCCUCUUACCGGCAGCUGCAUGUGUGGUGCUAUCGCUUACAAGAGCACCAGUGAACCUGAUGUUACUGCUCUUUGCCAUUGCACCGACUGUCAGAAAUGGACUGGCGGUGCCUUUACUUCCAAUGCUGUAGUCCCAGAGGAGUCCUUCAGCAUUACCAAGGGCACCCCCAAGCAAUACGACGUCACAGGCGCUUCUGGCAAGAUUAAUCAUCACUUCUUCUGUGGUGAUUGUGGUUCAAGCCUGUACACUCGCCUUGACAUUAUGGAGGGCAAGAUCAUUAUCAAGGCCGGUGGUCUUGACGAGGGCAAGGCUAACCUGGACAACAAGAUUGGUGUCGAGUUCUACACCCGUGACCGUGUUCCGUACAUUCAGCCUGCUCAGGGAGCAAAGCAAGAACAUCUGUUUGGUUAA